AUGAGCAACGAAAUUCCGUAUCUCGGAAGCAAGAUUAGUUUGAUAUCAAAAGCUGAAAUACGAUAUGAAGGUGUUUUGUACUCCAUUGAUGCCAACGAGUCUACUGUGGCUCUUGCAAAAGUCAGGUCUUUUGGUACAGAGGACCGACACACGGAUCACCCUGUCCAGCCCAGAGAUGAAAUUUUUGAAUACAUAAUAUUUCGAGGUACAGACAUUAAAGAUUUACAUGUGUGUGAUACUAACAAGCUUACACCUCAAGAUCCAGCUAUUGUUCAGGUUGACAUUUGA